GAAAACCCGUUUGGUGGUUUUGCUUGUCACGCGAGAGACCCUGCCCUAGCACCCGGAUUACAAACCCACCGGCGAGCGGCGAAAUCGGAGGCGACUCGCCGAGGGUUCCCGGCCCUCCGCCCUCUCGCCCGCUCCCCUACCGCGGCCGCAACUCGCCGCCGGCGGCCGGCGGGACACCGCGGUCCAGCGCCCCCCUCCCCCGCGGAAGCCUCUUCGGUCUUCUUCGCUAAUCAGGAGGCGUCGGCCCCGCCCCGGCUCCCGGACCCGCCGCGACCGCCGCCGAACUCUACUGGCACUGGGCUGGCGCGGAUUGGAGCGGAGAUCGGUUCCGUGCCAUCUCGGUGAAGAUGCAAUUCGUGUAGAUCAAGCUCCAAUCUGAUGGAUUCUGAUGAAAAGAAGUUUGGAAAAGGGCCUAGGGAGCUCACUGGUGCUGUUGAUUUAAUCAGCCACUACAAACUGCUCCCGCACCAUGAUUUCUUUUGCAAGAAACCUUUGCCACUGGCAAUCUCAGAUACACAUUAUCUUCAUAAUGUCGUGGGAGACACUGAAAUUCGCAAAGGCGAAGGAAUGGAGCUGGAUCAACUCGUUCAGAAUGCAUAUAUGAGGAAUAAGCCUGCUUUUAUUCAGCCUUUUGAUAUGGAAAUACUGGGGCAAGCAUUCCAGCUUCGAGAAACAGCUCCAGUAGAUUUGCCCUCUGCUGAAAAGGGUAUACCUACUAUUUCUGGUAAACCAAAAAGUGAGUCCAAGGACAAAGAGAAGAAACAUAAAAAACACAAAGACAAAGACAGGGAUAAAGAUAAGGAGCAUAAGAAGCAUAAACAUCGGCAUAAAGACCGGAGUAAGGAUAAAGAUAAAGACAAGGACAAAGAUAAGAAAAAGGAUAAAAGUGGGCAUCAUGAUUCUGGUGGCGAUCAUUCAAAGAAGCAUCAUGAUAAGAAGAGGAAGCAUGAAGGAAUGGAGGACUCGACAGAUGUGCAUAAGCACAAGAAGAGUAAGCACAAGAGUUCCAAAACCGAUGAAAUGGGGAAUGGACUUAGUUAACUACACUUCCUAGUUCUAGUCGUCAAUCCUUGUAACUUGCUGUUAAAAGGAAACUCCGAUGGUUUCUGUCAUCAAAACUCUGCAGAAUAGUGGUAUCAUUAUCAUGAACUGAACCUGUUUGACAAGAACACCAUAAUUGAGGUCGUCUUGCAGCAUCCAUUCUUAUGAAAGUUGUAUUUGUUAAUAGGGGACUAAUCCAUUGUACCAUUGCGACUUUCUGUUCCUCCCUGAAGAACAACUGGUUGUAGGAACACUUGACAGGACGUAUAACAAGAUUGUUUCGAUUAUUAGGGCUAGUGCACCCUUCAAAAAUAGGCUUUUAAUUGAACCCGUGAUGUAGCAUGAUUCCCCUUGUGGAGUGAAGUGGAAUGCUAAAGAUACAAAAGUGAACCGUAGGAUCUUGUCUUACCCCAUUGACAAAACUUAGUACAUUUAGUAGUAGCGGACAGAUAUAGAAUGCGCAGCCUAGAGAUGUAGUUGAGAGCAGGGAAUCAAAGCAUAUUUUGUGUUUGUCGCGCCAAUAUUGAUUCAAAGAGUGGGAUGAUUUGUUGUUUAAUCAGUAGCUAAAUGCUGGUCGUCAGUCUCACGUUUUUCUUUUGUGGCAAGUGUGUUUCUUUGUCAAACUGUGGUUGAUCCAUAUGAGGAAGGAAUGUGGUCAAAUGAGCCCGGUGCUCCUUAUUUAA